GCAAAGACUCCUCGUUCACUUGAUUGUUGAAAGAGAUAGCACCUACGAUAUAAUCGAUCUAGAUUUCCACUUAUAAUCGACCAUCUCAGAUAGGGGCUCCGGGAUCGAUCACUCCUACGCCUUUAUCACCCCCCCCCCCAACCACAACUUCUGCCUGACAUCGGAUCUUCAAGAUGGUUUCCGAAAAACCAGGCAACCUCAACACCAUUCAAGAGACCAAAACCAUGGACUCGCAAGCCACGGUAACGUCGAAUCCCAGUCCGAUGGAGAAGCCUACGAAAGACCCCAACAACCCUGCCCCCGCUCGGGGCAACCUCAGCCACCCCGGUCUGUCCUCGAUGCCACACAUCAUGUCGGACCAACAGGUACUGGAGGAGUUCGGAUCCAGCCGAGACCAAGGUCUUUCGGGCAAACAGGCCGAGGCUGCGAGGCAAAAGUGGGGAGACAAUAUCAUCCAACCUCCACCCAAACCUUCGCCUCUGAAACUGCUCGGUCGUCAGAUCGUCAACGCCAUGACCAUCGUCUUGUUGGCCGCCAUGGCCGUCUCGUUCGGUACUCAGGAUUGGAUCGCGGCAGGUGUCAUCGCCGCCCUGGUCAUCUUGAACGUCAGCGUAGGAUUCUCGCAGGAAUGGAAAGCCGAAAAGACCGUCGCCGCUCUUGCCAGCGUCGGCGCCCCCGUCGCUGUCUGUCUUCGAGGAGGCAAGGAGAUCCAGGUCAAGGCCGAAGAGGUCGUGCCCGGUGAUGUCAUGCUCAUGUCCCCCGGAUCCAUCGUCGCCGCCGACGGUCGUCUCCUCGAAGGUACCGUCUCCAACCUCGAGACCGACGAAGCUCUCUUGACCGGUGAAUCCUUGCCGGUGGCGAAGAACGCGGACAUCUCGGAACAGGCCGACAUGCCCAUCGGAGAUCGUCUCUGUAUGGUAUACGCCGGAUCUCAAAUCACCAAGGGUCGUGCUAGGGCCGUCGUCGUAGGCACCGCCAUGAACACUGAACUCGGAAAGAUCGCCGAAGCGAUCGAGCGCAAAGUGACCACCAAGGAAAAGGGAUGGAGGGCCAAGUGGCACAAGGUCAUGGUCGCGCUUGGUCUCAGGGAGACGACGCCUUUGCAGAUCAAAUUGAACAGGAUCGCCUAUUUGCUACUCGCGAUCGCCAUCAUCCUCGCCAUUAUCGUCGUCGCGUCGACUGCGUUUGUCGAUAUCGAUCCUUCCAUCGCUACUUACGCUGUCGCCACCGCCGUAUCAAUCUUGCCUGCCUCUCUGAUCGCCGUCGUGUCGCUUACUCUCGCCACCGCCAGCCGAGAGCUCGCCAAGCGAAACGCUCUCGUGCGAAGGAUGGAUGCCAUCGAAGGUCUUGCCGUCGUUACUGACAUCUGUAGUGACAAGACCGGUACCCUGACUGUCGGAAAGAUGGUCAUGAAGAAGGCCUGGAUCCCCGCUCGUCUUCCCGACAGCGACAGCACCGAGAACACCACGAUGAAGCCCGCCAAGGUCGCUACCGACAUCGGUCAAACCUACGAGGUCGAAACCGGCUCCGACCCAUACUACCCUCGAGGAGUUGUUCGGGCCAUCGAGAACGACAAGCCUCUUAUGACUGAAUCGCCCUCGGAAGAUGAUGACGAGUCCAACGGGCAAGGAAACGGCGACAGUGACGACGAGACCUCGGGACCCGACGUCGUCUCUACCAACGAUAUGGAACAAAACCUCGAAAACAUGGUGCUAUGUGCCAGUCUGUGUAACAUGUCCACCAUCCACCACGGCAAAGAUGGAUACUGGCAGGCCAACGGAGAUGCUACCGAGGUCGCUCUUCAGGUUUGGGCUCACAAGAUGGGUCGCGGAAAGCCCCACAUGACCAAGGCCAAGCGACCUCAUCACGGAGAACGAACGCAGUCUCACGCCCCUCUGCAACGCAACAACUCGACCGUUUCCACCGGCAUCCACAAGGUCCCCGUCGACGGCCACUUUGAAUUGGUCGUCGAGCAUCCCUUUGAUUCCACCAUCAAGCGAAUGUCGACGGUCUGGCAACAUGUCAACGAUGACGGCUCAAACUCGGGGUCCGGUUGCAUCGCCUUUUUGAAGGGAGCUGUCGAACGGGUCCUCGAUCGAUGCGAGUUUAUCGGACUCGGCGAGGACAAGAUUCCCCUCACCGAAUCGGAAAAGGCCAACAUCAUCUCCCGAAUGGACGCCCUCGCCGCCGAAGGUCUUCGAGUCUUGUGUCUGUCUGGAAAGAGGAUUCAAUCGCGCGCCGAGCAGCUUAAGGUCAUGCCACGUGACGAGCUCGAGUCGGGCAUGUCUUUCCUUGGUCUCGCCGGUAUCUACGAUCCCCCCCGACCUCAAAGUCGAGGAGCCGUCCUGGAAGCUCAACAAGCCGGGAUCACCACCCGAAUGCUGACCGGAGACCACCCUGCCACCGCUUCUGCUAUCGCCCGAUCGGUCGCCAUUCUCGACGACAGUCAUGGAACAGGCGCCGUCAUGACCGGUCAACAGUUCGAUUCGCUUACGGAAGACGAAAUCGACGCUCUUCCCGAGCUCCCGGUGGUCAUUGCUCGAUGCGCUCCCGAAACCAAGGUCCGAAUGGUCGAAGCUUUGCACAGGCGCAAGGUCUUUGGCAUGACCAGGUUCGCGGUCAUGACUGGAGAUGGUGUAAACGAUUCUCCUGCGUUGAAGCGAGCAGACGUCGGAGUCGCCAUGGGUCUCAACGGUUCCGAUGUGGCGAAAUCCGUCUCGGACAUCGUCUUGGCCGACGACAACUUUGCUUCGAUCACGCGUGCGAUCAGAAAGGGACGAGCCACGUUCAGCAACCUGUCUAAGUUCUUGCUCUACUUGCUUUCCGGAAACAUCGCCGAAGUCUUGGUCAUGCUCAUCGGAUUGGCCUUCCAAAAUGAGAACGGGAUCUCUCAGUACCCUCUGAGUCCCGUCGCGGCCUUGUGGAUCAACACCAUCGCUGCUGGGCCUCCCGCUCUGGCUUUGGGUCUCGAGCCUACCGCGAAGGACGCGAUGGACCACACGCCCAAGGCUUACAAGACCAUCUUCACCAAGUGGUGGCUACUUGACUUGGCUUUCUAUGGAAUCAUGAUCGGUGCUUUGACGCUCGUGAACUUCGUUAUCGUCGUCUGGGGUCGGGGAGAUGGUUACCUUGGUGUGGACUGCAAUGAGGGGGCUUAUAAUUCCAGCUGCAAAUUGCUCUUCCACGGUCGAUCAACCGCUUUUGCCACCUUGACCAUCCUCUUGAUGAUUCAUUCGCUCGAGUGCAAGCACCUCGAACUGAGUCUCUUCCAGAUGAACCUCUUGGACAACAAGCUGCUCCUCUGGUCCGCUUUCGCUUUGUCCCUCACUGUCUUCCCCAUCAUCUACAUCCCCCGUAUCUCCGACUACGCCUUUCAGGUCAUCGACAUCGGUUGGGAGUGGGGUAUCGUUUUCGGGAUGAUCCUCGUCUACCUCGUCCUCACCGAACUAUGGAAGCUCAUGAAGAGGCGUCUCCGAAGGGGAGAGAACCAGACCGGAAGGAAGAUGACCGCCAAGGAGAAGAACCUGCCUCGAUUCGAGACGAUGGCGGAAUGAACAAAUACGUAUAGGCUAAUUAACGUUGCGCGCACUAGCGACAACCUUUCUGACACACACUGUAUACAUAGUAGGCCAGGCAUGCAUGCAUUUGAUGAGAUGAACGAAGUGCUUUGACG